CAGUGAUUGAAGCUGCUGUGUGGGAUGAAACGAGGACAGGAAGACAGAAGAAGACAUGUUGAAUUCUUUCCACUGAGAGGGAGUGGAGCGCUGCUGUCUGUCACACCGUGCGUGCGUGCGUGCGUGCGUGUGUGCGCAUGUUAGCUGCCCGCUCGCACACGCGGACCUCCCUCCUCCUCCUCCUCCUCCUCCUCCUCCUGCUGUAUUUCCGUGAUCUGGCAGGGCAGCGCGUGUGGAGAGGAGACGGAUGAUCAGAGAGGAGGAGGAGCGCGCGGCGCACACACACCUGAUCGGCCUGAUCAGUAGAUCACAGUCGGACACAGUAGAGCUGCAUGCGUCUCGUGCCAAACGCGCCUUUGAUUGGACACGAGAGACUUCCGGGACAGGACUUAAAGUCUUCUGUUCGGUCCACAGGGCAGAGACAUGAACCCGUCCGGCUCUGUGACGGCUGCAGGCGGAAGAAGAUGAUGACGAUGAUGAUGAAGGUGCUUCAGCAGCCCCACGCGCUCCGCCAGUGAUCCGCGCCGGUCUAAGAUGCCACCGGGCCCCGGCGCCCAGCACGCGGUUCGGAUCGAGAACAAGCCGGGAUAAGAAAGCACGAAAAGACGCGAACCAGCAAAAGAAGAGCCGAACGCGGGAGAGCCGGCAGGCGGAAUCCGGGAUCAGCGAGCGGCGCACAGACGCGGAACGAGCCGCGGGGGACUCAGGUCUGCAGUGAUGCUCCUCCCGCGGCUCCUCGUCCUGCUGCUGGCCGCUGGACGCUGCGCGGCGGCCGCUCCGCUCGGGACCUCCGGGGGAUCGCUGGAGCCCCUCGGUCGGUCCCCGAAGACCAGGACGGAACCGGAGGUGACCCACCAGCAGCACCACAGCCUGGACAGAGAGAGCAGGUCACUCCCAGGACUGGACGGUCACCACAGAGACCCGCGACACAAGGAGAGGUUCAUCAAACACCUGACAGGUCCUCUUUACUUCAAGCCAAAGUGCAGAAGACAUUUCAACAGACUGUACCACAACACAAGAGACUGCACAGUACCUGCCUAUUAUAAGAGAUGUGCUCGUCUGCUGACUCGCUUAGCCCACAGUCCUCGCUGUGCCGACAGAUAAACACACGCCUCUGGACAGGAAGUGCUGCCGUGACAACCAGGAAGGCGUUCUUAACGAGGUCCGUCAGCUGACCAGCAGAAGACGUCAUCCAGCCGAUUGGUCACCUGCUGCAGCCGGACGAUUCGGAUCCACAACCGCCAAUCAGAACCCACGGUUUUCUGCUCCGUCCUGUAGAACAGGAUCUCAGCGCCUGGUCGGCGUCCACCUUUGUCCCCUCCUUCUUCUGUCCACUUGGCUGGGUUCAGACUGUCCCACAUGUCCUGUUUUUGUCCACAGGACGACUCGCAGCAGUCGAAAAGACGUCUUUGUCCUUCUCUUACGUGUUCAGGGACAAUGGGAACUCAGAGCGCUCCAACGCUGUGAGGAGGAGCAGAGUCGCUUCCAGGGCUGGAAAGUAACAAAGUACAUUUACUCAAAUACUGUACUUAAGUAAGUUGUGAGGUACUUUUACUGUACUUGCGUAUGUCAAGUUUUUGGUACUUUGACGGCUAUCAAGUUAAACUGAUAAUCCUGCUCUGUAAUCUCUGAAGUACUUUAAUACUCCUUUUGUUCUUGAUACUUUUAUACUUUUUAUUGUAAAGUAAGACUUGCCACAGAAUAUUUCUACACUGCAGUACUAUUACUUUGACUUUUGUACGUUACGUCUGCUUCCGCUUGUUUUUGCUUUCGAUUUCGGACGUCAGCCUGAGCUCAGACUUGAACUCCUCCUCCUUCGUCACGAACCCGCAGUGCACUUGACUCGGCUCAUCCCGCCCGUAAGUCCGCUGGACACCACCAGACCUCAUCUGUCCUCUGCUGUCCUCUACUGGCCUCUGCUUCAGACUGGGACAAAGGGUUUCUGCUGUUCUGGACUGACUCUCCUGGUUUCUAACGGAGCAGCAGGAUCACAGUGUUGUGUGUUUGUCUUUGAGACUGUGGACGCGUGGUGGACGACAUCAGUGGACAAAAUGCUCUGAUUGGACAUCAGCUAAAUGACAAGACUUUGUUGCUUUCUAAGAAUCUGAGAUGCUGAAUGUGUUUCAUGUUCCGCAGUAACAACAGGGGGGACCUUCCUGUGUAUUUAUACUGUUUAAUCUGCUGUGUGCAAUAUGUACAUACUGAGAGACGAGUAAAGACACGCCUUUCUUAUCUUUCCCAAA